AUGACUCUCUUUGAUGGCAUCUACCCCUUCUACCUGCAGAAGAGGAAGGCUGCAGUGUUCGACGUCAGCACCAUCAUAGUGAUCGUGGUCUUCCUCACAUUCGCUUGCAGCUUCCUGCUCAUCAUCCCGGGCAUCCGCGGACGGGUGAGGCUGUACUGGACUCUCAGGGUUCUUCUCAGCCUCUUUGUGGGAGUGGUGAUUGUUGUUGUCCAGUUCACAGGGGACUGGGAGACUGGCUGGGUGCAGGCAAACACCUCCUACAAGUCCUUCAGCCAUGCCCUGGUGAAUGUGGACAUCGGGCUGCACGUUGGCCUGGCAGGGGUGAAUGUCACACUCAUGGGAAACCCAGUGAAUCAGGUCAAUGAGACCAUCAACUACAACGAGCACUUUGCUUGGAGCCUCGAUGCAAACUAUGACCACAGCUACAGCGAAGGGCUGGAGAAGGGGCUGCCCAACCCCAUCCUCUAUGUGGCGGAGAAGUUCACCUCUCAAAGCCCUUGUGGUGUGCACAGGCAGUACCGCAUCUCUGGCCGCUACGCAUCGGCCACUCUCUGGGUGGCCUUUUGCACUUGGCUCAUCUCCAACAUGCUCUUCUCCAUGCCCGUCCUAGUCUAUGGAGGCUACAUGCUCCUGGUCACGGGGGCCUUCGUGAUCUUCUCGUUGCUCUCGUUCUCCACUGUGAGGAACUCCCCAAUGUGCCUGAUCCAGUUUGGCACCGCAACCCUGCACACAGACUACGGGGGAUCUUUCUGGCUCACGCUAGUGGUUGGCCUGCUCUGUUUCGUGGCUGGGAGCACUGUUGUUGCACUGCACUACUUCAAUUUGGACCUACUGAAAACUGUCUUUGAUCUCCGUGAGGACACAGUGGAGGAGUACCAGGAAAUGACUGAGGUGUACACCAACCCUCAUUUUGUGAGCAAACGACCACCUCCUUCUUAG